CUGGAGUGAGCAGAAUGAGGAGGCUUAGGGCAGUGGUUGUUCUGCCAUCCCUGUGGUGUUAUGAGGAUGCUUACCUUAGGUCCUUUGCUCAAUCUCUGCUGCGGUUCCUAGGUUUCAUCUUCUGGGGUACUGCUGCAGCUCAGGCAUUUGGUGGAGUUUUGGUGAUCCUGAUGUUCAAGAACUACAGAUAUUUGUUUCAGGAGUCUUACUUGUCUCUCCCUGGUUGGUUGUCUCUUGCAACUGCAAUUAUAUUGCUGCCUGCUGGAGUUUUGGCUGUCUCUAUCUCUGUUAAGUGUUCCCGCAAUCAGCAAGGGACUCUCAUGUACUUGCUGCUGCUCCUUCUUUGCCUAGAAAUGUCUUCAGCAGCUCUGGCACGUUCCUACUGUGUUAGGAGUGCUUCUCAGCUGGAAAGUGUUAUGGGUCACCUUAUUCACCAGCACAAUUGGACAUGCUCCCAGGAUCCUGGAAACAGUGCUGUGGAUGUGAUACAGAGGAAGCUGCAGUGUUGUGGGGUCCACAACUACACAGACUGGCUAGAGACAUCAUCUUCUUCUUGGUAUCAUCCAACUUGCGUCCCUGAAAGCUGCUGUAAGGGGAAAUAUUCUCACUGCAGGGGAGACUUGGGCCAUGUGGAGCAGCUUUCUGAGGAAGGCUGUCUAAAGAAGCUGGAAGGCCAGUUGUGUUUUGCCAUGCUGUACAUUUUUUGGUUUUGCACUGUGCUAAGCGUCUUGGAGCUCUUGGCCGGCAUCAGCAAUGGCAUCCUCAUGAGACACCAGCCAUUCCAUGAACUCCGUAUUCUGGACUCAUAUACCUUCUUACAGGACUACAGGUGCUAGCUGCUUUGCUAGACCUGCUGCAAGUUUCCUCAGCUUUUUACUACUUCAUGGUUGCAUUGGAAGACAAUAAAAAAAAAAAAAA